GUCUUUCUCUCUGUUUCUCUCCAUUUUACCAAAAAUAUUUCCCCCAAAUUCUCUCAUUCUCUCUCACCCUCUCCUCCAUUCAAUUCAAUCCCAUUCCAUCUUUUCAAUCCCUCAUUUCCCAUCCAUUCCCUCCCUUUGAUCCAAUUCUCACUUCAUCAAUAAUCUCUCACUUCCAUGGCGGAUUUGCCAAUGAAACCGCCCCUCCAAAAGCCCCCUGGCUACAAGGAUCACCACACCGCCGCCACCUCCUCCUCCUCCGCCUCCACCGUCACCCACCUUCCUCCGCCUCCCCGUAGCAAACCUCGUCUCCCUUCCUCCUACAAACCCAAGAAACGCAAACGCAAUUGCUGCAGAACUUGCUGCUGCAUUUUCUGUUUCCUCAUCCUCUUCCUCAUUGUUGUUGCCGCCCUCGCCCUCGCUCUCUUCUACCUAAUCUACGACCCAAAACUCCCUGUCUUCCACCUCCUCGCUUUCCGGAUCUCGACGUUCAAAGUCUCCGCCACACCGGACGGGUCGUUCCUCGACGCGCAAGUGUCGAUUCGAGUGGAAUUCAAGAAUCCAAAUGACAAGCUUUCGAUAAAGUAUGGUAAGAUUGAGUAUGAUGUUAUGGUGGGGCAGGCGACGGAGUUUGGGAGGAGAGAGUUGGCUGGAUUUACGCAGGACAGGAGGAGUACAACGACGGUGAAGGCGGAGGCGGCGGUGAAGAAUAAGAUGCUGGCGGUUGAGGAUGGGGCAAGGCUGUUGUCGAAGUUUCAGAGUAAGGCGCUGGAGGUGAAAGUGGAGGCGGAGACGGCGGUGGGUGUAGUGAUUCAAGGAUGGGGAUUGGGUCCGAUCACCGUUAAGUUGGAUUGUGAGACUAAAUUGAAGAAUAUUGAGGGUGGUGAUAUGCCUAUUUGCAACAUCAAUUUGCUCAGAUGGAUAAAUAUACGUGGAUGAGAUUUUUCCUCCCAAGAAUUACAUUUAUACUGAAAAUGAUAAUAUAAUCAUUUUCUCUUUCUUUUUAAUUUUUGAUAUUGGGGUGAAAAAUUCUUUUGCAACUUUUCCCUUUUUUUUUUCCUACCCAAAUUGAUUUUUCUUUUAGAAUGUUCGAAUGAUUUAUUUUAACCAAAUACAUCAACUAUAUUAUUCGAGAGAAAAAAAAAAGGAUAAAGAAAAGGUUUCAAAUUGUACUGAUGUAACAGCCUUUAUAUUUCAAGUUUGAAUUACUGUAAUUAAUAUGUAAAGAUACUGUGAACUUUCAUUUUGAAAAUUGACUUUUUUUUUCUAAUUAUUAA